AUGGUCAGUACAACCCAGAACAACCCAACUCUAGAUCCACCACCAAAAACUGUCAUUACAACCCAGAACAACUCCACUCUAGAUCUACAACCAAACAUUAUCAGUAAAACCCAGAACACCCCCACUCUAGAUACACAACCAAACAUUGUCAGUACAACCCAGAACACUCUAGAUCCACCACCAAACACUGUCAUUCUAGAUACACAACCAAACAUUGUCAGUAAAACCCAGAACACCCCCACUCUCGAUCUACCACCAAACACUGUCAUUACAAUCCAGAACAGCCCCGCUCUAGAUCUACCACCAAACAUUUACAACCCCACUAUAGAUCUACCACCAAACAUGGUCAGUACAACCCAGAACAACCCAACUCUAGAUCCACCACCAAAAACUGUCAUUACAACCCAGAACAACUCCACUCUAGAUCUACAACCAGACAUUGUCAGUAAAACCCAGAACAACCCCACUCGCGAUCUACCACCAAACACUGUCAUUACAACCCAGAACAACUCCACUCUAGAUCUACAACCAGACAUUAUCUACAACCAGACAUUGUCAGUAAAACCCAGAACAACCCCACUCUAUAUCUACCACCAAACAACUCUAGAUAUACCACCAAACAUUGUCCGUAAAACCCAGAACAACCCCACUCUAGAUACACAACCAAACCUUGUCAGUGUCAUUCCAACCCAGAACAACUCCACUCUAGAUCUACAACCAGACAUUGUCAGUAAAACCCAGAACAACCCCUCUCUAGAUCCACCACCAAACAUUGUCAGUACAACCAAGAAAAACCCAACUCUAGAUCCACCACCAAAUAUA